AUGCCGGCAGCACCAGUUUCGCCACCUCGUCGCAUCACCCGCGGUUCACUGGCUCGAUUUGCCUACAGUGACGGAACCUCUUCAAAAGAAAAUGUGACACCUUCAAUCACUGACAUUGAAGAUGCCGUGGUGUCGAAUGCCACGGUUGCCAGCACCACGCGCAAACGAAAACGGGUCAUCAAGUCAUCGCCGCCGACGUCUGUCAAGAAAGAGGAGGUCCUCAAAGAAGAGGAGACGACGAUAACAGACAGCAAGCCUGCCGCAACUCCUCGAAAGGCUCGAAAGCCCGCCCGGAAGAUUUUCGAUCCUGCAACCAAAACGGAGACGAUAUCGGCCCCCUCCGACUGGGAGGAGAUGUACGACCUCGUGAAAGCCAUGCGCCUGGACGGCGGGCCGGCCGCCAAUGCCGCCGUCGACACCAUGGGCUGCGAACGGCUGGCGGCGCCGACGGCGUCUCCGCGGGACCAGCGUCUGCACACGCUGGUGGCGCUGAUGCUCUCGUCGCAGACCAAGGACACGACCAAUGCCGUGGCCAUGCGGCGCCUACAGACGGAGCUGCCGCCGCACGAGCCGGGCGCGCCGCCGGGCCUCAACCUCGAGAACCUACUGGCGGUGGCGCCCGAGAAGCUCAACGAGCUGAUUUGGAUCGUGGGGUUCCACAAUAACAAGACCAAGUAUAUCAAGCAGACCGCCGAGAUCCUGCGGGACCGCUGGGACGGCGAUAUCCCCGAUACGAUCGAGGGGCUGACGGCGCUCCCCGGCGUCGGCCCCAAGAUGGGCUAUCUGUGCUUGAGUGCGGCCUGGGGCAAGACCGAGGGUAUCGGCGUCGACGUCCACGUCCACCGUAUCACCAAUAUGUGGGGCUGGCAUACCACCAAGAACCCCGAAGAGACGCGCCUGGCGCUGCAGAGUUGGCUGCCGCGCGACCGCUGGCGCGAGAUCAAUUGGCUGCUCGUCGGCUUUGGUCAGACCGUUUGUCUCCCCGUGGGCCGACGCUGUGGCGACUGCGAGCUCGGUUUGCGAGGCCUGUGCAAGGCGGCCGAGAGAGGCAAGGUGCUCAAAGGCAGGAAAGAGCGGGAGACCAAGAUCGAGGUGGGCGAGGAUGGUGACGUGGUCAAGGCGGAGAUUGUAGAAAAAGAGGAAGUACUGGUAGCAGAUGUCGUCAAGAACGAGGCAGUCGAAACUGGUGCUGUUUUGGUCAAAGAGGAAGGGUCGGACGAACUCAAUUUGCCCACACCAGCCAAAAGAACGAGGAAAAGAAUAUAG